AUGGAUGGAACAAACAAUCAGAGAUCGGUGUUUGGCUGGAGUACUUCCUUCCUAGCGCCGCAGCUCUGGCAGUCCUGCUCAGCACCCCCCACUGUCCCUAACAACAAUCCGAGCAUCAAAGUGGAAGACACACCACACGGAUUUACGCGCUGGGCUUAUAAUCCAUUCCCCUACCGGGGCCUGAGUCACGAUGCUCCCUACGCCAGCUACGUUGCCUCGGGAAGCGGGCUAGGGCAGCCUGCUGCUGAGUAUCCGGCGCCGAACUUUGAUCGCCCUUCCUUACCCCCGCAGCCAAACUCACCAGCAGUUGAACCGCGAGAUUGGAGCAGUUCCAAGGUCUUGCUUGCCCCUUCCCCCUCGAAAAGCGUUGUUCCGGAGAGUUCCAGGGCGCCUACACUCCCCAAAACAAACUUUAUAUCUCUAAAGUCCCAAAAAUGUCCUCGGCGCCUUGCCUCUACCAAACUGUGCAAGUUGAGCCAAGAUGAGGUUCUUUUCUUCUACGGGGCCUUAGCCACUCAAGCGCUACUCCUUCCAAGAUUUCAAUUUUACAACACUAAGGACUCUCGGUGGGGGGUAAAGCUUACCAUGUAUGGUUUUACAAUCACCAAGUCAAACAUCUAUCCCUCCCAAAGGGCAGCCAAGGCCGAUGUUUGCCUGGCUGCGCUGAAAAAGCUGCAAGCCGAAUACCCCGAGUGGAUAUUACCAGAUGAAGAGCAGGACGGCCCUGUCACUUCUGGUUGGGACUGGAUUGAACUUUUGCGAGUUAUGGCAGAAUACUGUGUGCAAAAUGGAAUCCCUGGCCCGGCAUAUACAAAGUUCUUGCCCGAAAGAGGAGAUGCGUAUUGCCAUGGAGUAAAGGUCCGCCAUGCCACCUACACUGGGCCGAUGGAUCAUUACGCAAGCGAUCACGUUUCCCAAAAUACAAGUGCCUAUAAGGCUCUCCAAACGCUCUUGGUUCACGGAUCUGGCGAAGCGUGCAAUUUCCCCGGCCCCUUCACACUGAAAAGGCAUGACGAGAAACUUCUCGCCGAUGUUCCGAGAUUUCCUGGAUUCGUGAACCAUGAAGCGGACAGCAGACUUUCUGUUGCGUCGAAAACACGAGCAAAGCCUGAAAGUAAUAGCCCAAGGCCAGAGCGAAGCAAAAAGAGAAAACUCGAUAACGAAGGUUCCGGGAACUCGAAUCUAUUGCCACUUACGAACUGCAGAUUAUCCUCAACGGACGUGCGCGUCCAAGAGGAGGAGAAGCGAUGGAAAUUGACACCUCAACAGCUUGCUACACAGAUAGGCGCAUUAGGGUCCUAUGUCGACAAGCUCACAAAGGUCUGCGAGUUACUCGAACUAGAACAUCCCGAAGUACGCGUCGAUCGUCUCGAUGGACGACUUGUUGAGACACAGGGAGACUACACCGCGGGGGCAUACUUUAAAAACGACCCUUUUCUCACCCGCGCCGGUGCUAUUGGCCAUAUUAUCAGUAUGCAGGGCACCAAGUUCGCUGUUGAGGAAGCAUGCGCACAGAAAGUGGUCGAUUAUCUAAUGACGUUGGUCCAAGAAGACUACAAUCUCGAAGAAGCUGCAGCGGAAGAACGCCGCCUGAUUGAGCAAUGGGGUAAAGGCAACAAGCGGGCUGCUAUGGGAUAA